AUGAAGCUUUUGGACCUACUAGCAGCCGCCAGUCUCGUCGUGACGACAGCGGCUCUGCCCAAGGCCAGAUCAGUCACCGAGAAUAGACGCUAUACGACCGUUUCGAGAGACAUUGAGUACAAUGUCUUCGAGCAUGCCGGUACUUCGACCGCCAUGUCAUAUAUCAAGAACUCGGGAAUAUGCGAGACUACCCCCGGCGUUAAUCAGUAUUCGGGGUAUCUUUCAGUUGGCGAAAACAUGAAUAUGUGGUUCUGGUUUUUUGAGUCCCGCAAGGCCGCGUCAAGCGCUCCUCUCACCUUGUGGCUGAACGGAGGCCCCGGUUGCAGCUCGAUGAUCGGCAUGUUCCAGGAACAUGGGCCUUGCCAUUUUGUGAAUGGUGAUUCGAAACCUACCCUCAAUCCCUACUCGUGGAACGAAUAUGCAAACAUGCUUUAUGUGGACCAGCCAAUCGGCACUGGGUUCAGCUAUGGAGACGAUGAGGCAACAUCCACAGUUACAGCGGCACCGUUCGUGUGGAAUCUGCUCCAGGCAUUCUAUGAUGCAUUCCCAGAGUAUGAGAACCGAGAUUUCGCCUUGUUCACAGAAUCAUAUGGAGGACACUACGGCCCUGAAUUUGCGGACUACUUUGAGAAGCAGAACGAGAAAGUCACCGCAGGGACGGUAAAAGGGGAGAAGAUCAACCUCAUCGCACUUGGCAUCAACAAUGGUUGGGUUGAUCCCUCGAUCUCCUAUAAGGCAUACGUUGAGUUUGCUUUCAAGAACACGUAUAAGCGUCUCAUUAGCGAGUCGCAGUACAAGUGUUACAUGAAUGCAUACAAGACUAGAUGCGCCCCCGCUCUCUUGACCUGCUCGGGCACCUCGGGAAUGGACGCUGCUUGCCUCAAUGCAGACGGGUUGUGCGCCAAGCUCAUCGAGACCCCUAUCGAAAACUCCAAGGACUUUGGGAUUUAUGAUGUCAGGGCACCCCGAAAAGACCCUAACCCUCCUGAAACAUAUGUAGCAUAUCUACAAGACCCCGAAGUGAUGCGGGCGAUUGGGGCACAGUCCAACUAUUCGGAGUGUGCUGACCCACCAGGAGACAAGAUCAGCAAUACUGGUGAUGACGGCCGGUCGUUUCUGAAUACGCUCUCAGAAGUUGUGAGAUCUGGGAUCAACGUUCUACUCUGGGCGGGAGAUGCUGAUUGGAUAUGCAACUGGAUGGGAAAUCUCGAAGUCGCAAAUCUGAUAGCCUAUGACGAAACCGCGACCUUCAACGCUGCUACAGUUGCACCUUAUACGGUGAAUGGAACAGCGUUUGGGGAGUUCAAAACUGCUGGGAACCUGAAUUGGCUUCGCGUUUUCGAAGCAGGCCACGAAGUUCCGUUUUACCAGCCCGAAGUAUCGCUGCAAGCCUUCAUCCAGAUCCUCCAGAAGAAGCCUUUGACGCCGACAUAA